AUGCUUUUUGAAACUGUUAGUGGAAUAUAAUGUAUCGCAUUUAUUCAACAGCGUGAGUGAAGGACAUAUAUGUGAACGACAUUAACACAUAGAGACACUGGGGCCGUUUAAAGCCUGAGGGAGGAGGCGCUGUUUGCAAGGAAGCUUGGGAAAAAACUUCGUUCAGUGUAAACAUGGCGGCGUUAGCGGGCAGGUUUCUGUCCUUCAGUAAAAAUGCUAAGGUGUUCGCGUCUCCCCUGAGGUUGUCCGCCGUGCCUGCACGUCGCUACAGCGUGGAGGUGUCCAGCACUGGCGAGGCAAUCACCCACACCGGACAGGUGUAUGAAGAAAAGGACCACAGGAGAGCCAGAUUUGUUGGCAGACAGAAAGAGGUGAACGAGAACUUUGCCAUCAAGUUGGUGGCAGAAGAGCCAGUGGCUGACGUGCAGGCCAGGGUGGUGUCUUGUGAUGGAGGUGGAGGAGCCCUGGGCCACCCCAAAGUCUACAUCAACCUGGAUAAAGAUACCAGAGUGGGCACAUGUGGCUACUGUGGAUUACAGUUCAAGCAGAAACACCAUCACUGAGACACAUCCUCUGUCCUUUCUUCUCUCUGUAAAUUGUCGCUCUGGUUAAUAAAUUAUACUCACUCUUUAA